GGAGGAGCGAGGAGCGGCGGCGGCGGCGGCUGCAGGAACAGCGGCAGCUAACAUGGCGACGGUGCCUGUCUAUUGCAUCUGCCGGCUGCCCUACGAUGUUACUCGCUUUAUGAUCGAGUGCGAUGCCUGUAAGGACUGGUUCCACGGCAGCUGUGUUGGUGUGGAAGAGGAGGAGGCACCAGAUAUCGACAUAUACCAUUGUCCAAACUGUGAGAAAACUCACGGAAAGUCUACCUUGAAAAAAAAAAGAAAUUGGCAUAAACACGACACCGGGCAGACAACAGAUGUCAAACCUGUCCAGAAUGGGAGUCAAGUGUUCAUCAAAGAGCUGAGGAGCCGAACCUUCCCCAGUGCGGAUGAUGUUGUCGUCAAAGUGCCCGGCAACCAGCUGACCCUGGACUAUCUGGAGGACCGUGGCUUCACAGAGCCCAUCCUCGUCCCCAAGAAGGAUGGCUUAGGGCUGGCUGUCCCAGCUCCAACGUUUUACGUUAGUGACGUUGAGAACUAUGUGGGCCCAGAGAGGAGUGUGGAUGUGACCGAUGUCACCAAACAGAAAGACUGCAAGAUGAAACUGAAGGAGUUUGUGGAUUACUACUAUAGCACCAACCGGAAACGGGUCCUCAACGUCACUAACUUGGAGUUUUCUGACACGAGAAUGUCCAGCUUUGUAGAACCUCCAGAGAUUGUGAAAAAGCUAUCCUGGGUAGAAAACUAUUGGCCCGACGAUGCCUUACUGGCCAAACCCAAAGUGACCAAGUAUUGCCUGAUUUGUGUGAAGGACAGUUACACUGACUUCCACAUAGACUCUGGAGGGGCCUCAGCCUGGUACCACGUGCUCAAGGGGGAAAAGAUCUUUUAUCUCAUCAAACCAGCUUCGGCAAAUCUCUCUCUGUAUGAGCGAUGGCAGUCGGCAGCCAAUCACAGUGAGAUGUUCUUUGCUGACCAAGUGGACAAAUGCUAUAAAUGUACAGUAAAGCAAGGCCAGACGCUCUUCAUUCCUUCAGGUUGGAUAUAUGCAACACUAACCCCUGUAGACUGCCUGGCAUUUUCAGGACAUUUCCUUCACAGCCUGAGUAUUGAAAUGCAGAUGAGAGCGUAUGAAGUGGAAAGAAGAUUGAAAGUUGGCAGUCUAACCCAGUUUCCGAACUUUGAAACUGCCUGCUGGUAUAUGGGAAAGCAUCUGCUAGAGACAUUCAAAGGGUCCCACAAAUCUGGUAAGCAGCCACCUCCCCAUAUAGUCCAAGGGGCGAAAAUACUGAACGGUGCAUUCAGGUCAUGGACAAAAAAGCAGGCCUUAGCAGAACAUGAAGAUGAACUUCCAGAGCAUUUCAAACCAUCCCAGCUUAUCAAAGACCUUGCCAAAGAGAUACGACUCAGCGAGAACGCAUUGAAAGUCACUAAACCUGAAGUUGGUGCCAAUGUCUCCCCCAAGGAAGUCUGCCCUAUGGAGAAGGAGAAGGAGGAGCCCCCAUCCCCUGUACAGGUCACGCCACCUCCUUCCCUGGUGGAAAAAUCCUCCAAAAAAAAGACUCCCAAAACUAUGAAACCACCCAAACCAUCCAAGAUCCCCAAGCUUCCCAAACUCCCCAAACCACCGAAGCCUCCGAAGCCCCCCAAGCCCCCUAAAACUCCGAAGAUCAAGGAAGGAGGCAAGAAGAAAGGGAAGAAGUCCAAGGAGUCAGCUUCCCCCACCAUCCCCAACUUGGACUUGCUAGAGGCCCACACGAAGGAGGCACUGACCAAGAUAGAAACACCAAAGAAAAGCAAGGUUUCAAAGAAUGUUUUAAGUGUCCCCAGCAAAGAAGUCAGUAAUAAGCAAAAUGACGUGGAGAGGUUUGAAAUCCGAGAACAGAAUAAGACCAAAACGGAAGCCAAGUGGAAGUAUAAGAAUAGCAAACCUGAUUCCUUAUUGAAAAUGGAAGAAGAACAGAAAUUGGAAAAAACUCCUUUAUCAGGAAAUAAGGACAAUAAGUUUAUGUUUUCCUUCUCUAACAAGAAACUUCUAAGCUCCAAAGGCAUUAAAACCCAGACGAGUCCCGGGGUGUUUGGGUCCUUACAGAACUUCAAGGAAGACAAAACCAAACCAGUUCGGGAUGAAUAUGAAUACGUGUCUGAUGACGGAGAACUCAAAAUUGAUGAAUUUCCAAUUAGACGGAAGAAAAACACAACAAAAAGAGAUUUGUCUUUUUUGUCAGAUAAGAGGGAAACCAUCCAGCACACACCCGUGAAGAAGCCAAAGGUUGAAUCAGUAUUAUACAAGAGUGACGAUUCAUCAGAUGAGGAUUCUCUCCAUAUUGAUACAGAAGCCAAGCCAGGCCGCAAUUCCAAAGUAAAGAAGGAAAGUGGGAGUUCAGCAGGAAUUCUGGAUCUUUUGCAGGCCAGCAAAGAAGUUGGAGGCUUAGAGUAUAACACCAACAGUCAGCCACCUGCCUCCCCCAGCACACAGGAAGCUAUUCAGGGAAUGUUGUCCAUGGCAAACCUCCAGUCCUCGGACUCCUGCCUGCAGACGGCGUGGGGCACCAACCAAGCGAAGAGCAAUUCCAUCUCGGCCCAGAACUCGAAGAAGAACGGGGGAGGGGGCAACAAGAGUGCCGGCAAGCGGCUCUUGAAGAAAAGCACAAAGAACAGCAUUGACAUUGAGGACUACGAGGAGGAUCAGGACCACCUGGAUGCCUGCUUCAAAGAUUCCGACUAUGUCUACCCCUCCCUGGAGUCAGAUGAAGAUAAUCCUAUAUUCAAGUCUCGAUCGAAAAAGAGAAAAAGCUCAGAUGAUGCUCCAUACAGCCCGACAGCAAGGGUUGGGCCUUCAGUGCCUCGGCAAGAUAGACCGGUUCGAGAAGGGACGAGGGUGGCUUCCAUUGAGACUGGGUUGGCAGCGGCUGCAGCCAAACUCUCCCAACAGGAGGAGCAAAAAGGCAAGAAGAAGAAAAAUACCAAAAAGAAAUUGUCACCGAGCAACACUAAUAAGGUCUCCCAGGGAAGCAGCUCACCUGAACCCAAGCUGGAGUCCCAUAGCAGCAGCCUCACUGACCAUGAGUAUACAGCAGGAGCCAGCACCUUUGGCGGGGCUCAAGUCACUCGAGGCUCCCAGCCCAUGGCACCUGGAGUCUUCCUCACCCAGAGGAGGCCGUCCUCGUCAUCCCAGAAUAAUGCAGCUGCCAAAGGAAAACGCACGAAAAAAGGCAUGGCGACAGCCAAACAGAGGCUGGGGAAGAUUUUGAAAAUACACCGGAAUGGAAAGCUCCUCCUUUAAUACUGGAGAAGCCAGGACUUUUCUCCCCAGCCCAGGACUUCUUCCUGAGCCAACACUAAAUCUUCAACUCUUGGAGGACUGCCGUAGUAUUGCGCUUCAUCCUAGGGAGGACCCCAGUUAACUUUUUGUCACCACUCAAAAUAGUUGUUUUUAACUUUCAGCAGUCAGAGUGUACAGAGCACUGCUAUAAAUAUUUUUUAAUAUAGACGUCCGUUCUCAAGUUGCUGAGAGUGACCAUUUCGCAAAAAGUUAACCCAAGAUUUUGAGGACCAUUCCAGUCUUAGGAGAGGAUCCCUUGAACUUGCUCCCAGUUGCAAGGUUGUUUCUCUUGAAGAGAUGCUCAUCAGUCUGGAGCACACUCCCUUUGAAAAAGGAAGUGUGGACCAACGCCAUUGGCAUCUGGGUACGGGAGCAUGAAAAGAGGUUGGAGUUGGUAAAAUUCUGGUGCUUGCCAGAGGUUAACAAAAGAAAAAAACACACACACACACAACCAGAAAAAGAGAGGGGACGCUCCGUUCUUUUUUUUUCUCCCCAAAUCAUUUUCAGACAAAUGCCGAAAGCACUCAACUUGAUUUCUGAGUUAAGUUCUUUUCUUCCCUGUUAGGAGGUUUGACUACAGGGGGGAGCGAAGGGUAUUAACUGCACAGGAGCACUUGGAAUUAGGAGACCACCUUGGAGUCCAGAGCAAUGUCUGUUUAUGCACAGGCAUGCGGACAGGGUUGGGGUCUGUGGGGAGGCCCUUGGUGUGCUGGUGGUACUCAGCCCAGCUGUAGCUUCGGGGUGGAGACUGGGCUGGGCAAGUGGUGAGGGGGUUAUGUGGGUACAGGGGUGGGGAUCCCUGAGGAGCAUAGGUUCUUAGCUAAGGUUUGGAGUUCUCCUGAGCUUGGAAGACAAGCUCCCUAGAAACUGAGGCCAUGCAAGGUACAAGGACAAGCUGGGGAGGAACCCUCAGGUGAGCCCCACCCGGCUCGAUAGGUGUGGCUGGCUCCCGAGAGAUGGCCCCUCCAGCCACACCUCCUCACUGGCCACUCCUCCCCGCAGCAGAGGUUGUCCAUUGAUCACCUCAAAGCACUUACUGUACCAGUGGGCUUCAGCUCUGGGAAGUCUGAGGAGGGGCUGCACGUGCAGGCCAGCGAGGGUCUGGUGGCCAGACCUGGUCCAGUUGGGUCGGGUCGGUCCGGUCCGGUCCGACCCGACGUUGGGCUGAUUGACAAUUUGACUGGAUACUUUUGUCUUUUUAACUCUUAGCGUUUGGUGUAGAGUGCUUUUAAUCUUCCAUUAAGCGGCUUGUCUGCACAUAAACACUGAGGGGGGUGGGGUGGAAUUUGUUUCUCAGGCAAUCCCGUCUUUUAAUUUUAGAUGUGUUUUCCUAAGGCAUAUUUUUCAUAGAAUGUAGCUUGUAAAUAGCUUUUUAAAAUAACUUCUUUUUAUAAGAGUAAAAGUAUCUUUAGAAAUUCCUUUCUAUAGAAUACUUCAUUAACAUUUAUACAAGUCUUUUGCCCAGUAUGAUAAACUGUUGUAUUUUCGUUUGAUUCUUUAAAAAAAAUUUUCUUUUUUUUCUUUUUUUUGUUUUGUUUUUCAUUUUUGUUUUGUUUUUGUUUUUUUUACUUUGGGAAUUAGGUAUUGCCUGAAAAACAAGUCACGUUGGUGCAGUCUUAUACAGAAUCAAAUAGUACAAAAAGAAAUCUAUUUAAGACACAUUUUGAAGAUGAUUCUUCAACUUUAAUACCAGCUCUUUGUUUUCAUUCUUGUAUGAUGAGGGGAGGGGGGAUACAGUUAUUUUACUAGCACCUUGUGAAGUGUUUCUGUGUUUUGUGAUGAUGUAAUUUAUUAAUGUUUGUAGCUUUUUAUAUUUGUAUAUUUCUUAUGAGCUUUGUUUAUAUACCCAUUACCUGGAUGAAAUGUCCAUGAGAAAACAGCUACAGGAAACAACUGAGGCCUUAUUAACUAACCCACAUCCUGUUCGAGUGGGACAUGGGCUAGGACAACGGGGAGGAUAGCAGAGUUAGUCUAAUGGGGCCCCAGACUUAAUCAAAACAGGUGUUUUUAAAGCUUCCUUUGACACUGUUCUUGUCCAGCGUUUAUAUUAAUCUAAUCCAGGCAUCAAGCUAUUUUUUUUUAAUUAUUUUUUUUCUGCAACAUGUACAUUUCUAACAAAGUUUAUUGUGGCUAUUACAGUGUUUUAUUUACUGAUUCAUAUCAAAUGCUCUUGUAUCAAGUCCAUGGAAUCUAAGUAAACUUAGAUCAAAGUUUAAAAAAGUAAAAUAUUUCAGGUUUUGUACAGAAC